AUGGUGUGCAUUCAUCAUGUCUAGUUUCCAGAGUACUUCCAUCACAAGAUUAAAUCCAAGGGAAAAACACCAGAUCCAAAUUUGCACUAUUCGAUCUUAAUCAGUGCUAUUUUGUUGAUGCUGUUAUCAAGACUCAUUAGAAAGUAAUUCGAUCAUGAAGGAGAUGAACGUGCUAAAAAAAGAGAUUAGGUAGAAAUAGAGCUGACCUCACUUGAUAUUAUCAAAAAAACAAGAUCUUAACUAGAAGACCACUUAUCACAGAAAUAAAUAAAAAAUGAUUAAAAAGAUAGUCCAUCGAGAUUAUUGUGA